ACAGUGCUGUAAUGUACUUAUUAUAAAACAACCAAAAACUAAAACAAUUUAGAUUUUUUCAAUUUUCAAUGAAUUAUUUAAGAAAAACAGCAACAAAUUUUCCGGCACGUUUAAUACGCCUCCAACAUGCCGGCUCAGCAAGUGUGGAACUUCCUGCCGCGAUCAUAAAUGAAGAUGGUGAAGAUGUCUCGUCUUCAAGGAAAGUUAAGUUCGACAAAUCAAACCUGCGGCAACAACAUAAAAAUGUUCUUUUUGAAUGUCCACCCUACCAAGAGGAGCAAUCUUGGAUCCAUUUAACUGAGAAGUACCAGCGAAAAGCGUUUGGUCGUUAUGGAAGCAAGAGCAACAUAAACCCCCGGAUUUGCUUCGACUCCGCUGCCGGCACCGGAACUGCUGCGAGGCAGCCCACACAGAACAACGAUCUGAACACUUUACAAAAAAUGCUUGAGAAAUCACGAAUCGAACAUGAGGAGAAGAUUCAAACCAUAGUAGCACGUGAAGAAGCCAUUUCUAAGAAGAUGGAGAAGCUGGACCAAUGGAAGAAGGAUUUGAAUGCAAAGGUGGCCAAAAAGGAGGCGGAUGCAGCGGCUGCCAUACAGCGCAAGGAGCGAUUGAUCGAAGAGGUUCGCAGGCAUUUUGGAUACAAGGUUGAUCCGCGAGAUGAACGAUUCCAGGAAAUGCUUGAACAAAAGGAAAAGGAAGACAAACGCAAACAAAAGGAAGCUAAACGAAAGGCCAAAGACGAAAAGAUGAUGGCGAAACUGGUGGAAAAAUCCACUGCAUAAAUUUAAUUCUGUUAGUUUCCUAUUUUAAUAGAGCUGUUUGUGUUUCUAGAGAUCCAA